CUCUUCUUCCUUUCUACCCUAUUAGCCCUUCCAACGUCUUCUGUAGUGAUUCCAAGUCCUCUAAAGUCUUCUUAUCAAUCAAUUUCUGGCCAACGUGCCAUAAAUCUCGACGUCAAUGUCCGUCUACUAACCGUGCUGGCUCUUCAACAAAGCGGAUGGCAACUGUACGAAGAUCACUGGUACAAGCUGUUCGAGACGGAUUUGAUGUGGAUUCCAGCAGAGAAUGUUUGUAGAUCAAUGGGUGGACAUUUGGUUAGUAUCAAGGAUGAAUCCGAGAAUCUUUUUGUGCACAAGCUGAGAAAAAAGAACAAUGUCUGGAUCGGAUUGAAUAAGCUGAAUGACACUUUCCAAGUGUACAAAUGGUCCGAUGGCACCGAAGCGGACUAUUUGAACUGGGACUCUUCGCAGCCCAAUGAGCCAGAGGUCGAUUGUGCUUAUAUGGCGUUCCAUCAGGAGCAAAGAGGAACAUGGUUCGACUACGGAUGUCGUGAGAUGCUACCACAAUUUUUCGUCUGUGAACUGCCUAUGCCUUGA